GCUGCAGCGUCCCUGUCCCAGCAGCACGCCGGUAUCAAAGAAGUGCGUCUAUCGGGAAGUUUGCCCCUCACAGCAGCAGUUACCGGAGCAUGAAAGCCGGUGUGUGAGUUAUAGACGAGCAUCAACCUAAACUUCACUGACUCUGUUAGCUAGGUUUAGGCUUAUUUCGUCGACUUUUUUCUCCAAAAGAAGCUCGUUUAGGCUAUAUUGAACGGUGGACGAUUCCCUGUGUGGUCAAUUAAAAAAAGAAACCCUUCAACUUUGUUUAAAAAAAAAAAAAAAAAAAAAAAAAAAAGAUAGUAAGGUUUUCUCAGUGGUGUUUGACAUCCCCAGAGUAAAGAGAAGACAGAAAAGAAAACCGAGAAGCAGGACAGCGGGGAGAAGUGGAUGUAUUUCCAGCCAUGGAUGUAACAGUUUACCCGCCUCCUCCUCAGUCUCUGGCCGCGUCAGACCACACCAGGCUGGGGCAGCUCUCCUACAACGACCCGGGCUUUGGGACCAACAAGUUGGAAGGGGACACCAUGUUCCUGGGUAUGCCAGAAGCCGGCCUUGACUUUGCUUCAGCCAAUCAGUUUCGUGUGCCGCAGCCCCCUCACCCUCUCAGCAAGGCGUCGCCUCACAACCCGCCCUCACAGCACUGGAGGAGGGACACGCACAUGGCCGACAACCACCGUCUGCCUUGGUCAUACUCAGUGGGUGGUUUGGGCGAUGAGGACUUCAACAUCCCGCCCAUCACUCCCCCCACCCUGCCAGACCACAUGCUGCCCCCCCAUCUCCCACAUGAUUCCCCCUCUGGACCGUACCACCGUCUGGACAACCCUUCCAGCUCAGCUCCACACCACCCCUACCAGAUGCAGGGUAUGGAUCUGCCCGGCAUGCCCGGUAACCAAGAUAGAGCUGGUAUGAUGAACCAAGAUGGAGGCACAUUCAGCCCUGAUGGUGGCCCAAUGACCAGCACUCUGUCUGUGAUGCAGCAGAUGGUGAACUCUGAUUCUCGGUUUACCAGUAGCCAACAGCCAAUCGAAGCGGCCCUUGGACCCAGGAGCAAAUCAGGCAUGAACCAACAGAAUCAGUUGUCCACGAUCAACCAAUCCCAGCUGGGGCUGAGCGGGACCUCUGUCACCCAUAGUUCUCCAUCACCUCCUGCAAGUAAAUCUGCUACACCCUCUCCCUCCAGUUCAGCACACGAGGACGACAACGAUGACGGACUCAGGCAUAGCGGUGUAGCGGAGAAGCGGCCAGCAGCAUUGGACAUCGCCAAGAAACCCAAAACACCAAAGAAGAAGAAGCGAAAGGACCCCAAUGAGCCGGUGAAGCCGGUGUCUGCCUACGCCUUGUUCUUCAGGGACACCCAAGCCAACAUCAAGGCCCAGAACCCCAACGCCACGUUCGGGGAGGUGUCAAAGAUCGUGGCCUCCAUGUGGGAUGGCCUGGGAGAGGAGGAGAAACAGUCUUACAAGAAGAAGACGGAGACGGCCAAGAAGGAGUAUCUGAAACAACUGGCUGCUUACAGGGCCAGUCUGGUCUCACAGAGUUACAAUGACCCGUGUGAGAUGAAGCCCCCCCACUCUUCCUCCUCAUCCUCCUCUACCUCAAUGUAUACACCCAAACCUUCAGUGUACACCGGUCACCCAGGCCAGCACCCUUCCCCCAGCUCCCUCGCCCACCCUCACUCUCUCCCUCCCCCCCAGCACCCAGGCAUGUACAUGUACCCCCACCCAUCACACCCCUCCCACGCCUCAAGCCCGGGCCUCAACCCCCACCACCUGCCCCCUCCCCACACCCAGAUGCACCCCCAGCUCCAGGCUCUGUCCUCCAGAGGGACCGUACCGCGGCCCAGCGUGCCCCACCAGGGAGGUCUAUCUCUGGGCAGCGUGGCGGCGGCGUCCACCCCUCCUCUCCAGGUCAGCCCCCCCCUCCACAGCCAGGCACACCUGGGAGGGCUGCACAGUCCACACCAUCAGCACCAGCAGCUCAGUGGACACUCGAUGGGAAUGACACACUCGCCUGGCAUCACACAGGGUUACCCUCUCUCCCUCCAGUCUGAUUACCAGCAAAUUGGAGGAGGUAUGAUUAAUAGCGGGCAAGUGGACUACCAUCAGAUGGGUCGACACACACCCAACCACCACCCCUCUCUUGACUGGAGCACUGAUUACCAUGGCAAUGGAGGUCUUCAGAGAGACAAGCCUCUGUUCCUGAGCUAAUCUCAGGACAAACUGACACCAAACAUCCACCAAGCCCUCGUACUGCCACACCGUGGAACCUCCAGCCUCACCUCCACAUGAACCCACACCUGCCUGAGAGAGCUGACCAUUCAAGUGGAUUCACAGUGGGCUCAACCAACCAACAAGCCACCUAAACCUGAACCAAACCGCAGUUCAGCACUUCAAACAAAACUCCAACAUAAAUUUAGAACAUUCAGUGCUGUGUGCAUUUUAUAAAGAUGGCAGUAAAUAUCAGGAAAAUAAUGGGACAUUUCUGUGUGUCUCACAGGACAGUGUUAAAAACAGGGAGAUAGACUUUCCUCCAGCUCCUGCAUGUAGAUCAGUUGGAUUUGUUUCUGUAAUUGGCUGUUUUGUUUUUCUUCUACUGAUCACUGCAUAGUUCCUGCAUAAGAAAUACUACCAUUUAAAAUGUUGCAGUGAGGAGAGGUGGGCAGCUCCUGUGCUGUGUACCAUGAUGAUAGGUGUAUAUACUACAGGUGCCCUCAGAAAGGGACAUUCUGUCUAACUGCUAACUUCCUGUCUGCCCCCCAAAAAUCUUUAUACCAACUCAAUGGUAAAAU